AUGGAGUCCAAGGAAUAUCCCACCAGCCUGGCGAGCCGGAGCUCACCAUCUGACCAAGAGUCCGACACCCAGAUCAUCAUAGACGACAAAGACUUGCCCCCAGUUGAUGGAGGCCCUCAAGCAUGGCUGUUCCUGAUUGCCUCGUCAAUGCUCGAGGCCCUGGUCUGGGGCUAUGCAUUUGCAUUUGGCGUUUUUGAAGACUACUAUAGCACACACGAGCCAUUUCAGGGAUCGGGCAGCAUUGCAAGCGUUGGGACAUGUGCCAUGGGAAUCGCGUAUCUACUGGCCCCAUUAGCCAUUGUCCUCAUGAUUUUGGUUCCCAAGAUUGCUCGCUGGGUGUCGACCAUUGGCGUGGUUAUCAUGUGCCUGUCAUUAGCACUGAGCUCCUUCUCGACCAACGUGACCCACCUUCUCUUAUCCCAAGGCAUUGGAUUCGGUGUCGGUGGAUGUCUCGCGUACACGCCCACCAUUCUGUUUAUGUCUGAGUGGUUCGUUAAACGCAAAGGUCUCGCUUUCGGCGUUGUCUGGGCCGGGUCAGGUGUAUCGGGGAUCAUCUUCCCCCUCGCUAUCCAGUGGCUUUUGGGCAAAUAUGGCAUAGCGGCAACUCUUCAGAUCUCCUCAGUGACCUUGUUCAUUCUCGCCAUGCCUUUCAUCUACUUCCACAGACCCAGAUUGACCACCACGGAGAUCGCGUACCAUCGCCUCAACUUCCGCUUCUUAUACAACAAAGUCUUCAUUGUAUACCAGCUUGGAAACACUUUGGAGGCAAUUGGAUUCUUCCUGCCCACCAUUUACCUACCGAAAUUCGCGCGCAGCCUAGGAGCCAGUGACUUCAUGGCGUCCUUGACCGUGACCCUUGUGAAUCUGUUCCAGGUCUUUGGAUCCGUCCUCAUGGGCUUUCUUUCGGACCGGUAUCAUAUAUCCACCUGCAUCCUGAUCUCGACUGUCGGUACCGUGCUCUCAGUCUUCUUUGUGUGGGGCUUUUCCACGAGCAUUCCCCCCCUCUAUAUAUUCUGCGUUGCUUACGGUCUUCUUGCGGGCGGCUUUUCAUCCACAUGGGCCGGAGUCUCCAACGAAGUCCAAAAAGCCAAUCCCUGCGCGGAUGCAACCGUCAUUUUCCCGUUCAUGGAGACCGGCCGAGGAAUUGGCAAUGUGGUCAGCGGCCCAUUGAGCGAAGCUUUACUCAAGGGUUACCCUUGGAAAGGACGCGCGGCGGGUGCUUAUGGGAGUGGUUACGGCGCACUUGUGGUGUGCACUGGCGUAAGUGCUUUGAUGGGUGGGAUCUGCGUCGUGGCUCGCCAAUUCAAGUGGAUAUAG